CGCUGCAGCUGCCUCUAAAUUGGUCAUUCAAUAUUUUUGGCAAUACAAGACAAAAGAAAGCCAAAUAACGUCAUUAAUUCUUUUAAAUAGUGAGUGAUUUAGUUUGUUGAUGAAAAUGCAUUCAUUUCCGGAGGUGCGGCUUUAUUCGUGGACCAAAAUUACUUUCGCUUUUGUCCUAUUAAAUCUGUGGCUAAUUAGUGUUUUGUUGCCGGUGGCUAAGUGUGCUCCAUCUGAACCACCAAAGUUGAAUGACUUGGAUGAUGUUUGCGUCCAUACCCUCCGGGCACCAACAAGUUUCUUCAAACGUCACUUUGAUCAGUCAUUUUUGAAAAAGUUCUUUAAACAUUGGAUACCGUUUAUUAGCAAUGAUCGUGUUAAAAUGCAAUUCUUUCUUUAUAAACGUGACUUCCCUGAUUGUGGCCGUGAAAUUGUAACAGAUGAUGAGCAAAGCAUUCUAACAUCGGGCUUCAAUUCGGACCAUCCAACAAGAAUCAUCAUACAUGGCUGGAUGAGUCAAAGCAAGGGAUCAUUUAACCGUGCCGUAAAGAAAGCCUACAUGCGGCUGGCACAACCAAAUAUGCAAAAUGGCACGGCUUAUUACAACAUUAGCGACAACAGCGUUGAAGGCAAUAACACUCAUCAGCCGCCGUCUUCCACGGAGAGCUUUAAAUCAGUUUUCACUGAAGACGUAAUCAUAGACAGUGCUAACCACACAGAUUUUAAUGUUAUAGUAGUUGAUUGGAGUGUCAUAUCUUCAAAUGUCAAUUACUUUGGAGUGGUGGAGUUAAUUGAAGACUUGGGUUUCCUACUCGCUGAAUUUGUGCGAUUUUUACACAUGAAAGCGGGCUUGUAUUUUGGCGAUGUAUAUCUUAUUGGUCACUCGUUGGGAGCCCAAAUAGCAGGCAGUGCUGGCAAACAGGUGAAACCAUUUCGUUUUAAUACCAUUUUCGCUCUAGAUCCAGCAGGACCAAAGUUCCGUGAAAUUGAUGAUGAAAAACGACUGGAUCCUUCUGACGCUGAAUACGUCGAAUCAAUACAGACUAGCAGCAGUUUAGGUUUUGAUGAUCCCGUGGGUCAUGCAACCUUCUAUCCUAACUUUGGCAAAGAUCAAAAGAAGUGUUACAUAUAUGGCUGCUCCCAUUCCAGAGCUUACCAUUAUUUUGCUGAAUCCAUUACCAGCGAGAAAGGUUUUUGGGGUACAUUAUGUCAAAGGCAAUCGGAAAAAGAAUGGAUUUUAUCCACAUCUGGAGUGGAGUUCAAAAUGGGAGGUGAACCAUCAACGCCGAAAAGAGGCACAUUUUAUGUAAAAACUAAUGGUGAACCUCCUUAUGCCAUGGGUAGAAGAACGCAAAUCGAAACGAUGGAUAGGGGGAACGAGAUUUAUAAUUUAGUUUAAUUUAAAACACUUAGUUAUAGAGAAACUCAAAUACCAGUAAAGAGAGCUACACUAUUUAUUUAUUGACAAAAAUA